AUGGAGCGGAGGGAGCAUUAUACAGCUAAUGUAAGCGUCAAAUUUCAAGAUGGGUUGACAGUAGUUGCUGAUGAGGGGCUUUUCCUGAAUUUGUUUACGGCUGGACCAUUAACCAAAGUGACGAUUUGUAAGGACAAAGAAGGAAAACCUAAGUCUUUUGGAUUUGUCUGCUUUAAACACAAAGAAUCGGUGCCUUAUGCAAUAGCUUUGCUGAAUGGAAUCCGUUUGUACGGAAGACCAAUUAAAGUGCAGUAUCGGUUUGGGAGUUCUCACUCAUCAGAACUAAACAGCCCUACACAUGGUUUUGAGAACUAUAUUGACUUUUAUUCACCUUCAUAUAGGUGUCAAGAGCCUUAUGGAAAUCCUCCAUGUCCUGUUGCUCCUUUUCCAAUGAACAAUAGUUUACCUCCUGAAUACUCAGCCUUUCAAAAGAUGAUGAACCAUUUUUUAGCCCAGCAGUACACAGUACAGAGUCCAAUGGGUCAGCAAUUUCCUUACUAUCAGAUGACUCCACCGCUGCCUUCAGAUUUUUCCUUUUCUCCCUGUCAGAAUCAAGCUGCAAAUUUUAAGUCUGCACAGAAUUCUUUUGGAUUGGCCCUGCCACAAUCAAGUGAAUGUGAAGAGCACCAGAUGGAUGAAAGGACCUCUAAAAGAAAGAGAGAACAGCAAAGUUGUGACAGUGACACUAGUAUCGAGGAUGACAAAAUGAGGCAAAGAGACCGUGAUCAAAAAUACAAGAAGUGCAAAGCCAAGAAAAAGAUGCACUAA